UCAAUAUCUCAAGGAGAGAGCCAGUAAAAAUGAAAAAAAUAAGAAAUUAUAGAAAAUAAACCCUCUUCAGCGAAAUGAUAUAGCGUUUGAAGGCAUUUCUUGACGAUUACAUGCUCUAAUAUGCUUUUGUUGCCGUUUUAAGUUUGUGAAUUUGCCAUGAAUCGAAAUGGCUCGUCCUGACAGUUAGUACUUAGUAGGCCCGAAAAGAAAACAAAGCGAUAUUUUGUGUAAUACAACGGUUGAAGAUGUUUUCGAAAUCCAUAACCAGCAAGGAUACGUUCCUGGAGCAGACGAAAGCCGCACGAGAGGAACGCGCGCUGGAAAAGAAGCGAGAACAGUCUGCUGUUAAAAUACAGGCAAUUGUGCGCGGUUGGCUCGCGAGACAUAGAUUCAUUAAGCUCAUUUUGGAUGAUUUUGACAGACUCCUGCCUGAGUCACAAAGUCAAAGUUCCCAAGAUGAAUCUCAACCACCAGAGCUCGUUCAGGCUUUGGAGGUAUACAGAGUGGCUUGUCGCCUGUUCCUUAUCUUCAAACAGCAGAGAGAUAAAAAGAGAUUUGAGAAGCUGUGCAAGUAUAUUGUGCAGAGUUUGCACUCUGAGUCUGUUAAGAUAUCUUAUGUUGGUGUGUUUCUGAAUAAAGAAUACAGUUUGCGAUGGAUAGCUCAUAUAAAAGACCUACUAUACAAAUGCUGUCAAUACCUUGAGGAGCUAAAACCUGAGUCCCCUUUAGAAAUGCAGAGCAUACUCAUUCUGCUCCACACCUUAUUAGCCUUUACAGCUACCAACACAUGGGCUCUGACGAGGCUCAAAAACUUUGAGAAGCUUAGGGGUGGCAUGACUCAGUUGUGUGCUAAUGUUAUGGGUUCACUGUUCCAUAGAGGCUAUUAUUUAACACUUAAGUCCCUUCUACUCCGAGGACUUUGUCGCGAGAAAGUUAGCUUGAAGAAUAUAUCAUUGACAGCCAUUGUAACACUUUCAUUGAGGCCUCUGGUGUCGGCACAGUUUUCUGAAAAACUUCUCACAAUGUAUAUUAUUCAGAUUUUAUCUGUGCCUACAUUGGUGUUCCACAUGCAGCAGAUAUCACCCGAGUCAAUAGCAGCGUUCAGGACGCAUGGCUUGUUCGACAAAUGUGUGGAGUUCCUGAGCGCGGAUCAGAACAUGCGCAUCGUGUUCAACACUCUGGAGGGCAACUACGCGCUGUGUCUACUCGCCAAUCUCAUUCAACUCGCCUAUUGUGAAAGAGAGCAUGCGCAUCCCACCACAUACUACCCUACAUUUGUGUUAGUAGUGAGCCGCUUCCUGGACAGUUGCCAGCAGUAUGUGGUAUGCAAGAAGGGCAAUCUCAGCAAUUGGCACCCUGUCCUGGGCUGGUUUGCGCAGGGCUUUGACGCGUACUUACCGCCCGCUAUGGCAAACAUGCGGACACAGCUGUCUCUGCUAUGGGGCACUCCGUUGCUGAAGAAGCUACUGGGCAUCCCAUUAAAGGAAAUGUUGGAAGCUGGUAUAACUGGGGAGGAAGGGGCAGGACCAUCUCAGCCCUCAACGCCUGUCCAAAGCAGUAAUCCUGCCUCAUUUAUCAGGAGAGCCAUAGAAGCUAGGACUAGUAGAUCGAGUUCGAGUAAGAACUUCAGAAAAUUGGGUUCACCAGAUUGUACAAAAGUAGCUUUAAUUUGUUCUAUGUAUCACACGGCGCUACAGACUAUGUCGCAAGUUAAAUUAGAUAUAUUGACUGGUCUCUGCAACCAGGAUGAAAUACUAUAUUCGUUGUGGCAAUUCCUAUGCACGUUGGGACCCAACAGUGGACUGAAGGCUUUCCUAGAUCUCCUAGCGCUUAACACUAAAGCCUCGGCGCCUGAGUUUCAGAUGCUAAUCCUGUUUAGUGACUGCAUGACACAUUAUGUUACGAUAUUAGAUGACAUGGAAAUGUAUGAAAAACAGGAUCCUUUCAAGUUGCAGGAUUUUGUGAAUAUGUCACACUUUCUGAACAUGUUCAUCUAUAAAUCCAUUAUUGGACAGUUAUUUGAUCUGAAGACGAUUCAAAGCAACUCGGUGUUCUCGUCGCUGCACACGCUGCUGCUGGCGCUGUACCGGCGCGACUGUCGGCGUGCGUACGCGCCCAGCCAGCACUGGCUCGUGCGUGACAUACGCGACUCGCAGUUCAUGGCCGACCUUGAGAAGGGCAAGAAACCACAGCAGGUGCUGGUACAAAAGACUCCUCAUAUGAUUGCUCACGGAGAACGGGUUAGGCUGUUCCGACGUGCAGUGGCCGAUGAAAAGGUAGUACUUGGUCUCACAGAACGAGCAUGUGGAGGUCGAUCCACACUAGUAACGGUCCGGAGGAAUAGACUGGUAGAGGAUGGGUACAGACAGCUGGCGGCUUUACCGAGCAGGGCAUUACGGGGCGUGGUCCGAGUGCGGUUCAUCAAUGAGCAGGGCUUGGACGAGGCUGGCAUCGACCAGGAUGGAGUGUUCAAAGAAUUCCUAGAAGAGACGAUCAAACGCGUUUUCGACCCGUCUCUAAACCUGUUCCGUGUAACGAGCGAGGAGCGGCUGUACCCCUCACCCACGUCGUGCCUACAAGAGAACCACUUGCAGCUGUUUGAAUUCAUCGGCCGCAUGCUGGGGAAAGCUGUGUAUGAGGGUAUAGUGGUAGACGUGCCAUUCGCAUCGUUCUUCCUGAGCCAGGUGCUGGGGCAGACGCAGCAAGCGCUGUACAGCUGGAUCGAUGAACUGCCUUCACUUGACCGCGACCUGUACCGCAGUCUCACCUAUAUCAAGCACUUUCAGGGUGAUAUUUCAACAUUAGAACUCACGUUUUCCGUAGACGAAGAACGAUUGGGUGAAAUUGUGACUCACGAACUAGUUCCUGGCGGAAAAGCGAUUCCAGUUACAAAUGAAAACAAGAUUAACUACAUACACUUGAUGGCACACUUUCGGAUGCAUACGCAGAUAAAGGACCAAACAAACGCUUUUAUUAAAGGAUUUAGAACUAUAAUAAACCCUGAAUGGCUUUCGUUAUUCUCUACUCCGGAGCUUCAGCGCUUAAUAAGUGGCGAUAACGUCCCGCUAGACCUACGUGACUUGCGUCGUCACACGCAAUACUAUGGCGGCUUCCACGAUUCGCAUCGCGUAGUUUGCUGGUUAUGGGACGUACUUCAGAGGGACUUCACUGAGAACGAGCGAGCCAUGUUUCUUAAGUUCGUGACGUCAUGUUCCAAGCCUCCGGUACUGGGAUUCGCUCACCUCAAGCCUCCCUUCUCGAUACGUUGCGUCGAAGUUGGUGACGAUGAAGAUACCGGUGACACUAUAGGUAGUGUUAUACGAGGUUUUUUUACAAUCAGAAAGAAGGACCCCCUCAAUCGGCUACCGACUUCAUCUACUUGUUUCAACCUGCUAAAACUACCUAACUACCAAAAACGAAGCACACUGCGCGACAAAUUACGAUAUGCGGUCAACAGCAACACUGGUUUCGAACUCUCGUAGUCGCUAUUACUAUAUGCAACCACAUACAGUUCUACCACUUUUAUAAGUGAUCUGAUGUACAGUCGGCCUCAAAAUUCGAGUAGCAUUUUCGCGAAACCAUUGCCUUUUUCUAUAAACACGCCACUCACACCAACGCAUGUGCAUAACCGUGCCACGCGAAAAUGAUCAUUAAGGUGCUAAACGACUUUCGGCCUUUGACUGUACCUGCCCGAAAAAUUUCUCAGCCAAUCUCAGCGUACAUCCGUCUGCUAUUGGUUUAUACGUGCGAAUUAUGAGCGAGAUAGCACGAGUCUCUGUUAUUCUUGUGUUUAAAAUCUUAACGUGAAGCAAUAAGGUCUGCAUUUCAUUGAUGUAAAUUCGGUUUUAGGCGUUAGGUUAGUUGUUUUUCUGCGCAAACGAAUUUUGCCGAUGCUACUUAUAAAAAUGGUAGUACGUGUUUUAAAACAAAUUAAGGCUUUAAUCCCACUGCUCGAGGUCUAGAGUUGCGUAUCACACAGAUUUCUGAGAUCGCGGAUCGCAGAACACUCGACCGUUGAUUGUGGAAUUAACGUCAUAGGCCGCACCAAAUUUUAUAUUCAGUUGACUUAUAUUAUCUGCGAGUCACUUACGCACGCCUAAUAUUAAAAUAUCGAUGUUAUGGUGUUUAGCCCACAGCCAGAGUUCAGAGUUUUACAAGCGAAAAGCAGAACUCACAACUGUAGAACUCUGACUGUGAGAUUGACGCUUAAAGAGCACCGCAUAUCUAUGGAGUGAAGCCGACUAGAAGAAAAUCUGAUCUGUUUGAUAACAACAACGCACUAAAUAAAUGUCCAUAAAUAUAUAGGCCAAAAAUCCAGAAUCGAUUGGGACAAACUGGAUACCAACAUUCAUUACAAUUUGUUUUAUGUAUACUGGAUACUGAUUACUACAGAAAUCCAAUAUUAUAUUAGCCUGCCGGUAUUUUCUUUAAUAUUAUUGGUGGUGUUGUAAAAAUGGGUAAAAAUCACAAGCUAGUUAUGAUUUUUUUUUAUAUUAUAUAUACUUUGUUAUAUACCCCACUGCCUUUUCGGUAAGGUCCAUUGUAAAUUAUAAUGCACCUGUGGUAGCCAGUUGUCCUAAUCAAUUCUGUGGACUUUUUGGACUGUCCUUUUGAAAUUUCUUUUAUUGCUUACGGUUGAAAUUGGUAUUAUGUAACAAAACGGAAAAUAUUAAAAUCACUUGAGUCGCCGCCACUAUGCCAAAGUAAAUAAAGCCGAGCUUGAGUUGUUAUCGAAAAAGACGCUGUAUCUUGACUCCACUCCACUGCAGGUGUGUGUUGUGCCUAAGAACAAACGAAUUUUAUCAAACUGAAACAAUUAGCGAACUCAGUCCAAAAUUACUGAUAGGUGUACAUAGACAAUAAACUGUUUGUUGUAUAAGUUAGUGAUUGUCUGUAUAUUGAUAAAAUCGUCACGAAAGUUGAAACAAUGGGUGGUUAUUUCGCAGAAUUAAGUUGAACCCACACUGGCGGACAAUCGGAGCGCGGAUUGUGCCUCAUGUCACAUCUUUAUUCAUUCAAUUAUCAUUUCGGCGUUGGCCAAUCUUAGCGUAGACUAAUCAAUUUCGCAGGAGUUAUGCCGCCGGCCCAAGCAGAACGGCGCCCCACGUUAGACGAAGUUCCUCGUUAGAAGGAAUUCAUUCAUUGCAUAAAGGUUGAAUAUGACACAUGUCGUCUGAAUGGAUACCUAAGGAAACCCCUAUCUUGACUAUGAAUUCCAGUGACUACGACGUUCAGGUCCAGUUUGGUUUGAAGUUUCGAUUCGCAAAUUCUAUUAACACUAUAGCGACCCGCCCCGUCUUCGCACGGGUAGCUUAGUAAAAUUUUGAAAAUUAAAUAUAGCCUCUACUACUCGGGAAGCUUUUUACUGGUGAAAGAAUUUUCAAAAUCGGUUCAGUAGUUCUAGAGAUAACUUCCUACAAACAAACUUAGAAACUUUACCUCUUUAUAAUAUUAGUAUUAUAGAUUGGUGAGAUAUGUAAAAUCUUGUACUAAGGCGUGUGUAGGAUCGACGAAAUAUUUUUGGCCCGAUCCAGGUCAUGAACUAAGUUUAACUAACUUAAGUAAAAUUAACUUUACUGCGCUGUUAUUGUUUCACCUUUCGUGGCGAAAAUUGUGUACUAUGUGUGCCAAAUGGAAGAAAUGGAUACAUAACAGUUUAUUCACAAGAAUGCAGGUUGAUAUUGUCUCUUGGAACUGGAUUGGUGUAUGAAAAAUUGGUUAUCAUCAACUGUAGUAAUUAUUAUCUACUUGCCUGUCACGUUAUGUUUGCUCUCGCUUGCACUGACGCGGUUAGAGCUCUAGUGCGAGCGAGCUAGAUACAGUAUCCCUACCUGUUCUUCUAUUUGACGCGUGUAGUAUUUAAGGCCCUUACUAAUAAAAAUGAUCUAGGUACAACUUAUACAAUAUGGGUUAUGCAUACCUAGUGUAUGACAAAAAUGUCUAUAAACUAAACCAGUGUGUAAAUUUUUAAUAGUUAGGGCCUAGGUUUGGAAUGGUGUUUUAAAUUAUAAUUAUAAAUGGUUUGUUAUUUAGAAACCUUCAUCACUACUUUGGUAAUUUUGUAAUUUUUAAAGUCACUAGUUUUUUAGAAAUGCAGAUUAGAAAUCAAUAUAAUUUUUCUACAUUAUCUAAACUUAUAGCCUUUUAUAUAUAUUUUAGAAUUUCCUUUUUAUGUACUGGCAGUAAGGCAAACCUUUUUGCUUUUGUAUUUAAAAAGAAAUUUAAAUAUUAGUAUGAAAUAAUUUAUCCUAAAAGAUCCUCAAAUUUAUUUUUCUAAAAAGAGUAUUUUAUUUUUGUAUUUUUUUUUAAAUAAAUUGUUAUCAGUUAGUGAUUUCCAAGAAAACCUAAAUUUCUGUAAAUAUAACCUUAUUUAUGUAACCGUCUUAUUAGAAGUAGUAAAGGUAACACACACACACACGUAAGGGAAGGCGCUAAAAUGUUAAUAAGGCUGCCUAUGUACGAAGAAUCCCUUCGAUUUUCCAAAGAGUGCCUCUCCACUGAAGCGGAGUGGAGCGGAAUUUUCUUUAUACUGAAGCAAGAACAUGCGACAAUACGGCAUGCUGCAGCAUGUCGUGUUGUCGCUGACGAGGUCAACAUCGUGGCGUAGAAUGAGGAAUUAUCCGGGGCGAGUUUCUUAAAAAGUAGCAUCUUUUUCCUACUUCCUUGAAAGGGCGUGUACAUCUAUGAGGCUCUUAACGCCCUGGCAAGUUGCUCAUUAGAAUAUUACGACAGUUUGCCAUAUGAUGCAAGGUCUUCUGCACAAUUUUUGCGACCAUGCGUUACUACCAUGCGACUCUAUUGGAUGCCGCAAUGUCGUUCUAUGUUGCUCUGGGAUAAAUGAAGCUUGAAGCAAAUCAGAUAAAAGUGACGCGGUAGUUUUAUUCACGUCAUCUAUCAAUAAAAUCUAACUGGUCUGAUGACAACACAAACACAAUAUCUCCGCUUCAGUAGAUAGAUACUUUAACACAGGCAAUAAGGAUUUUAAGACUGAAAUCUAUAGACCUCACCUUAACUUUGCUCAGACUUAAGGCAUUUAAAAUAAGACAGUGUUAUUUAUAUCGCUGACAUAAAUCUGUCUCAUUUCAACUAAAACUCAAGCCUGAAUAAAGUCAAAGUGAGCUCUGUAGAUCUAAGUUUAAGUGUUUACAGGGCCUUUAUUUCGCAGAACAUAUUUAACCGAACGUCAAUAGAUUAAUUUGUACAUAAUUUGCUUUUGUGAAACUUCGUAUACAUCAUGCUUAACCAGAAUUCGGUGUGUUUUAUGCAAUGUAUAAUUAUAAUAACCAUACUUUUCUACGCACAAAAUCACUGAAAUGUGGAGAAAGUUCUUAAAUGAAAUUGCACUGCCCUUCCUUUCUAUAUUAUACAAAUAAUAUUGCAAAUGCCAAAUCAACAUUCAAAAGCUUUAAUAGCUCAACGUAAAGGCGGUUAUAGUCUAAGGUUGAAAGGUUGAGCGCACUUUGACUUUGCUUAGACUUAAGUUUCAGUUAAAAUGAGACAGAUUUAUGCCAGCCGCAUAACGCUGUCUCGUUUUAACAGUGUCUUAAGUCUGAGCAAAGUCAAAGUGCGCUCUAUAGAUCUCAGCCUAAGUAAUGUGAGAUGAGAUUAGCAGGAGUGGGACGUGCAAUUUUAAUUAUGAACAUUCACUAUAGUAAUAUGAUUAAGGGGAUUAUUAUAUGGAGUUAUCCAAACAAACUCGAUUUUUUAACCGAGAUUUUAACUUGAUCCAAUUUUCGUAUCAUACUUCUCAGGGGCACACUACUCGUUAAAUAUUUAUCACGAUAUGAUUGCGAUCCUGCGGUUCGAUUGACGUAGUGUGACAGCUUACAGUGUGACGAUCGCAAUCACUGAUUGGGUGACACUUUCUCACUAUUGGCUGAAAUGCAUUGCUGCAGCGAGAAUAACAUAAAUUCAGACAAAUACAACAGUAGAAAUCGUCGAUAUGAUUGGUGCAGCUUUUCCGUAAACGGUUGUGAUUCUAAACAUUCAGUUCAUGCAUUGAUAGAUCUCAAUAUGCAACUCAGAAUUCACCAUUCACAGUACAUUUUUAUGUGGCUCAUGGAUCGUGAUCUAAAUAAGGUGAUAGGUGUUGAACGAGGCUCUCCAUUUUGUCUUUUAUAAGUCAACGUGAUAAAAAAGUCGCCAGUUUUUUUACAUUCAACGUUUUUAUUUAUAUCGCCAAAGAUUUUCCAUGAUCUCCUUUGGUUUAAGACCUCCGCAUAAUAUUUGGACGUGUAUUUUGUUUAGUCUGGAUACUUCAUUCGUUACAUUAAAGGUGCACACACAUUAGGGUAUUGUGUUGUUCUGUGUUGUAACGCGAAUCUCGAUUGAAGACGAUCGAUUCAUACUUUUUACAGUACCUACCCUGCAGAAAAAUUACAUUCAACUUAGAAAGAGAUAAUCGGCAGCUUCGGCUUCGUUGAGUGUCGUCUUGGUCAUUGAUUGCUAACGUUUACCCGUAGGCCGUAACGUUUACUAUUUACCGUUUUGUCGCUAACUUGUCAGUAUUUGCGACAGAGAAGAGACAACAAGACCGAAAUACCGACUCUUUCUAAAUCUCGAUGUGUAAUUUGUCUCGUAAUGGAUAUGCUCACACUAUCGUGGCGCGUUCUGUGUCGUUCGCCGCACCAAAUUGAAGUCAAGUUGCAACACACAACAACACAGCAGUUUAUACUUGUUUAUACUUUUACAGCACUUGUGUGGGGAUACGGCUUUAGUGUACUGAAAAACGAAUUAUGUAACCUUCUUAAAUCACUCAAUGUUGUAUUGUAAAUGUAGUUAAAUUUUAGAUAUAUUUAUAUUAUUAAGAAAGUUUACGUUCUGUUAUUAUGGUAUAAUUUAGUGCAAUUUUUUUUUCGUCGUCUGUAAUCUACCCUUAUAUUGUAUUAAAUUUAAAUGUUGAGCAAAGAUAGUACGUAUUUUGUAGUGGUGUUUCCAUUUUCACUGUAAUUUAGGGACGCAUCCGGAUUGGUGCUCUAGCAGGUUCGAACGGUCAAUAAAUAUCGCCAUAUUCCUAAACUUUUCAUAAGUAGGUAUUGAUCUGUUGAUGUUUCACUAACGU